UCAUCAUCAUUAUCCCCACCACUCGCAGCUUUAACCCAAAAAAACCUGAAAUGGCUACCUAUUUCUUUUUAUUUUAAUCAUAAAAAAUCCAAAAAUAAUUAUAUGGAGCUUUUGGUAAAGGUUGUUGAGCAGAUUCCUUUGGAUGCCAAUUAUAUUUUGCCACAAUGUCCAUUUAUUAGCUGAAAGCGACUAUUUUGUUGGCUUUGGAGAUGAUUUGCAGUGCGACUGCUGAUUAGUGCAACUUGCAAAUAAGGUGAACAGAGUCCAGCACCGGCGGGGAGGGAGAAUAUGGGCCUGCUCACCCACAGAGUGGAGAGAAGUGAAAUCAAGCCAGGGGAUCACAUCUACACUUAUAGAGCUGUAUUCACUUACUCUCACCAUGGUAUCUUUGUUGGCGGAAACAAGGUGGUCCAUUUUACACCCAGGCAGAAUAUAAAUUCAAGCUCUGAUACAUCUUCCGAUUUCUAUGAUUCAAUGACUAGCAUUCCCUCAUCCUGUAAUAUUCCUGACUGUGGAUUCAGGCAACCCAAUAGUGGGGUAGCCCUCUCCUGCCUGGACUGCUUCCUUGGAAAAGGAUCCCUUUACUGCUUUGAAUAUGGGGCAACCCCCUCUGUCUUUCUAGCAAAAGUACGGGGAGGUACAUGCACCACUGCUGCUUCUGAUCCACCAGAAACAGUUAUCCACCGAGCUAUGUAUCUUCUUCAAAAUGGAUUUGGUAAUUAUGAUGUUAUGGGGAACAACUGCGAGGAUUUUGCUCUGUACUGCAAAACAGGUCUUCUGGUAAUGGACAAGCAGGGAGUUGGAAGAAGUGGUCAAGCUUCUUCAGUCAUUGGUGCUCCAUUAGCUGCUCUCCUGUCGUCCCCUUUAAAGUUGCUAAUGCCAAGCCCUGUUGGUGUUGCCACAGUAACAGCUGGAAUGUACUGCAUGAGCAGAUAUGCUACUGAUAUAGGUGUUCGGAGUGAUGUAAUCAAGGUUGCUGUGGAAGAUCUGGCUGUGAACCUUGGUUGGGCAGAUCAUCAUGAGGAAGUCAAUGAGGAUAUUGAGGCCUCACACAGAUUGAUUACCGGGUGACAUUGAUUUCAUCUUUCUUCAUGUGAGGCUAUUCACUAUCAACUAAUAAGAAUUUGUCCAUGUUAACAAAAAUUCUGAAAUGGAAAUUCAUUGUUUUGUUUAUUUCAUUGCAAGUUAGAACAUGUUAGAUUAUGUCCUAAAAUGUUAAAUGAUAAUCCCCUAGUGUGAUCUGUUCUAGGUUGUUAUUGACUUCUGAAAUCCAAUCUGUUUCCUAGAGUGGUUUGCAAAGCUAAUGGAACAUCAGAGGAUAUGGCUGAUGCUACUA